CGGCAGCCAGAGACGAGAACGAUCAAAAUGCAGCUUCAUAUAUCACCGAGUCUGAGGCAUGUGACUGUUCUUCCAUCAAAAGGCGUGAAGGAGUUCAUCAAGGUGAAGGUGGUCUCUAGACGGCUGUCAUAUCGCGUGCUGGUCUACUCGCUCCUCGCCUUUAUGCUGUUCCGGUUUACCUUCUUGUUGACGGCUGUAAACACCAUUCACGAGGAAAGCAAGUGUUCAGGCAUAGGUUGCUUGGGGAGGAAAAUUGGACCGAGGAUUUUGGGAAGGCAGCCUGAACCAAAGGUUCCAGAUGUGAUAUAUCAAGUAUUGGAGCAACCUGCAGACCAGACUGAUAUAGAAUUAAGGCCUGAAAUUCCUCAGACACUCGAAGACUUAAUCGCGGAAUUUAAAGGCGAUAAACCAGAUCCAAAGACGUUUGCAGUAAAGCUCAAAGCUAUGGUCACUCAGCUCGAACAAAGGACUAGAACUGCGAAGAUCCAAGAAUACUUCUACCGUCAUGUGGCAUCUAGUAGCAUCCCGAAGGAGCUGAACUGCCUCGAUCUCGUGUUGGCAAAUGAGCACUCAACCAAUGCCAACGCUCGUCUCCAGCUCCCAUCACCGGAACUAGUUCCUGCCCUCGUUGAUAAUUCGCUCUUCCAUUUCGUCUUGGCAUCUGACAACGUUCUUGCUGCCUCUGUCGUUGCAUCAUCGCUCGUCAAGAACUCGUUCCACCCUGAAAAGGUUGUGCUUCACGUGAUCACAGACCGGAAGACUUACUCCCCGAUGCAGGCAUGGUUCUCGUUGCACCCCCUGGCACCUGCAAUCAUCGAGGUUAAAGGGCUGCAUCACUUCGAUUGGCUCACAAAGGGAAAAGUUCCGGUUUUAGAAGCUAUGGAGAAAGAUCAAAAGGCGAGAUCCCAGUUUAGGGGUGGUUCGUCAGCCAUUGUGGCAAACAAAACAGAAAAGCCGAGAAUCAUUGCUGCAAAAUUGCAAGCGCUCAGCCCCAAGUACAACUCACUGAUGAAUCACAUACGGAUAUAUUUGCCAGAGUUGUUUCCUAGUCUUAACAAAGUGGUCUUCCUAGACGAUGACGUUGUGAUUCAAACUGAUAUGUCGUCUCUGUGGGACAUUGACAUGAAUGGAAAGGUGAAUGGAGCAGUGGAAACAUGUAGAGGAGAGGAUAAGUACGUGAUGUCUAAGCGCUUCAAGAGUUACUUGAACUUUUCUCAUCCACUUAUAGCGAAGAACUUUGAUCCUAAUGAAUGUGCGUGGGCUUAUGGUAUGAACAUAUUCGACCUUGAAGCAUGGAGAAGAACAAAUAUAAGUCAGACAUACCACCACUGGUUGGAAGAGAACUUGAAAUCAGACCUGAGCCUGUGGCAGUUAGGGACACUACCUCCGGGUCUGAUUGCGUUCCAUGGCCACGUGCAUGCUAUCGAUCCCUUCUGGCACAUGCUAGGGCUCGGCUACCAGGACAAUACAAGCAUUGCAGAUGCUGAAAGCGCUGGUGUCGUCCACUUUAAUGGCAGAGCAAAACCGUGGCUAGACAUAGCAUUCCCUCAGCUUCGACCAUUAUGGACCAAGUACGUUGACUUCUCUGAUAAGAUCAUAAAAAGCUGUCAUAUUAGAGCACAUUGAAACCGGUUCACGAAUCUAUGAAGGCCAAAUUGAUUCUUAACAAGAGAAGGAAUCGAGGCUUACCUGAUGUGAGGUGAGAACUCCCCGGGCUUCACAAUUUUUGAACUCCUUCUCCCUACUGCAACUGCUGCCUUCUCUAAUGUAUAGAAAUUCCAUCAUGUAUUGAGUAUCAUAGGAUUUCACUUUCUCUCCACUGUAGAAUACACUAUCUUCAAUGUGAGUUUCAAGAUUUAUACUUUCAGAAA